CUCCCACACAAACCCAUGAAGCCUGGCUAUGGCGUAACUCUCACAACGCAACCGGUGACUGAAGGACAUUCGCGGGAGCUGUAAUGUGGGGCGCCAGGGGAGCGCGCCUGGGGCGCAACCUAGGCUGCAUUCGUAGAGGAGUCGGAUCGUCGGGGCAACAGAGUGUCCGUGAUUCAUCGUCGCCAUGGCUGAGUGUGGAAUCAUCUCCGCUGCGGGGUGUCACGGCUCGGUCGUUGUCGACGGAGGCAUCAUCAGCAUUUACGGGGGAGGCGCGUUUCAGGGCUACGGGUGGAGUGGUUCAGAGUUGGAAGCACGUAAGGUAUUUUUCUCAAGGUGCAGCUGUGGUGUUGGAAGGCGAUUCUAGUGAGACUGAGCAGUUGUUGCCAAAAGAGGAGGAGAAAGCAGAGGAGGUCAUUCUAGGGUUUCCUCGCCAUGGCUCUGGAAAGAUAGUGAGUAAGAAGGAGCGGCGUGUGGGGCGGGUGCCGAGUAUUGUGUUUUCUCAAGAGAAUGGGCAUAUCGGUGGUAACAAGCAAUUGAUAUCUGUGGAGACGAAGCAGAUAGAGAGGUUAAUUAAGCGACUCGGCAAGAGUUCUUUCUUAUCUAGCACUUUUGAUCUUGAGGUUUAUGAUGACCAGGGCAAUGUGCAGGCAAAGGAACGCGUGUUGCCGCGAUCUAUUCAUCUUCAUGCUGGAACAGACAAAGUUAUGAACGUCACGUUCAUUAGAGCGCCUCCUACCGCCUCUCUUAAGGUGGACGUGCCUUUGAUCUUCAUCGGUGAAGAUGCCUGUCCUGGCAUUCGGAAGGGCGGGUAUAUUUACACCAUGAUGAGAACAGUAAAAUACAGGUGCCCAGGAAAUUCUAUUCCCUCUGGCAUUGAAGUGGACCUUAGCACUCUUGAUAUGGGAGAAAAGAUCCUUCUUAGGGAUCUUAACGUGCCUUCUGAGUUGAGGUUGGUGAAAAAGGAUAGCUCUCUUCCCGUCUGCAAAGUCAUGGGCUCCCGCACUUCAUCAGCUGCAGCGUCCGCCGAUGCAGCAUCUUAAUUGCAGGUGUUUCAUAGCACCCCAUUUGCAUUCGUUCUAGUGGUAGCUCUGUGGGUUCUCGCAAUCAGUCCCAAACGCUUCAUGCCAGGAUUAUGUGCUAAUCAAUUUCACAUUCUAGCCGUGGUCUGCUUGUCUGUCAUCUCUGCCAAUUCUGCAACAGAUGGAGACAUGAUGUACUUCUUUUGAUUCAGAAGUACCCUCUUAAGGCUUCUCAAUAGGUUUUCCCACCUCUGGAAUUAGUGUACAGGCUUGGAGCAGCUGGAUUGCCUUACUGUGCAGAAUGAGUGGAAACAAACUUAGCUGGAUCAAUUCUGUUUACGGCUGGCUCUGUUACGUCCUAUUCAAUCCAGGGUCGCGAUUAUCAGAAAUGUGAGCUCUAGACAUAAUUUGAAGGUCAUGAGGCGUGUCAGACUUGAUCUUGAGGUGGUGAUGAUGUCCCUUUAAGUUAGAAGUAAACAAUACUGCAUCGCUUCUGUUUAUUCAGAGUAAUGCAAUAAUACUGUCAUCAUGAGUCAAUGCUUUUAUGCAUGUACAGAGGUGGAUGAUCGUCAUGCAAUCUCGAACCAGAUGCAGGAGCCCCGAGGUUCCAUUGUCAAAUGCUAA